AUGGCCUUCAAGGAGGGAGAUAUGGUAACUCUUUGCGGCUUGGAGAAGAGGCCAGAUCUGAACGGAAGCAGUGCUGAAGUUCUUCGGAGCAAUGAUCCUUCACAGCCCGGGCGAGUAGUCGUGAAGUUGGGCUCUGGAAGUCAGCUGGCCAUACGCCCUGAGAAUUUGCAGCAAGCUGCAGCCAGCAGGGCCAGCAGUCCGGAAGAGGAGGAAAAGCCAGCAUCCGAAACUCCCAAGCCAUCUGAUCCGGACAAAGGAAGCGUUUUUUGGGCGGCGUUUGCCAAGCUGAAAGCCAAGGCGGAGGCAGAGGCCAGAGGCGAGCUGCUUCCGGAGAAAAAGAGAUUCCGGGAGAAGGAAAACCUUGACCAGCGAGGUGGUAUUGGAAGCGCUCAACCUGCUGGGCAAGCCAGGCGAGAACUAGUGAUGGGCACUCCACCUACAGCUCAAGCGAAGGAAGUCGAAGAAGAAUCCGCGAAGAUCGAGCCGAUCACCUUCGUGGCUGCAGAGGGUCGUCACGAACCACCAAGCCGCAAGGUGACGGUCAUCGAUCCUCGGCGUCCCAAAAGACCUUUAGAAGAGUCGGAUGACGAUGAGGAUGUUGGAAUCCCCGGCGUCGUUAAACCACGCGGUCCUGGAUUUGGCAGCAAGGACAUCUUUAAUGUGUCUGGACCGCCUUGUGUGUCGGCGCAGAAGGUUGCAAAGACCACCCCGGAGCCUGUUUGCCAAAUGCCAGCAGCACCUCCCAGAGGAUUGGCCAAGACAGCUGGUUCACCGGUGCCAAACAAGACGUUUGCCUCUCCAGUUCGACGGCCCAACAUGCCACUUCAGAACAUGACGCUAGUGGUUUCUGAUGAUGCAAAAGAGGCCGACAAGGCCCAGCGCGAACUAGCAGAAAAGCGAAAAGCCAUGGAGGAGGGAAAGAGGCAGAUGUUGGAGAAACUCACCAAGCAAAUGCAACUUUGCCUCGCGCGUUUGCAGAACGCAGACUUGGAUGACAAAGCGAAGGAGAGAUACCAGGACAUGAUUACCACGUUGAAGGCACAGAUGUCGAAGAUAGGACAUGUUUAG